GCCUCGCUACCAACGUCGAGCAUCGCCUACCAAGUGCUUCCUCCACCACAUCCCUUCCUCCCCACCAUUACCGAUGAAGGUAGCAUCGACAGCAGGAGCCAGCGGCAGUGGAUCCACCGCCGCACCCACCACGUCCUCGUCUGUAUCGCGCGAGGCUCGCGUCGCUUCGCAUUCGCACAUCAAGGGACUCGGACUCGCAGAUGAUGGUACAGCCAUCCAGUCUGCCCAUGGCUUCGUGGGACAAAAGUCUGCCAGAGAGGCGUGCGGUCUGGUCCUAGACUUGAUUCGCAUCAAGAAGUUCGCCGGCCGAGCUCUUCUCCUCGCAGGAGGUCCAGGCACAGGAAAGACGGCCCUCGCCCUGGGUAUUUCCCACGAGCUGGGCCAGAAGGUCCCCUUUUGCCCCAUGGUGGGCAGCGAAGUCUACUCUUCCGAGGUCAAGAAGACCGAGGUGCUCAUGGAGAAUUUUAGGAGAGCCAUUGGUCUGCGGGUGCGGGAGACAAAGGAGGUGUACGAAGGAGAGAUUACAGAGCUCACACCAACGGAGACGGAGAAUCCCCUGAGUGGGUAUGGAAAGACGAUCAGCCACGUCGUCAUCGCCCUCAAGACGGUAAAGGGGACCAAGCAGCUGCGAUUAGACCCUUCCAUCUACGAGAGCAUCAUGAAGGAGCGCGUGAGCGUUGGAGACGUCAUCUACAUCGAGGCCAACACAGGCGCGGUGAAGCGAGUGGGCCGUUCCGACGCCUAUGCCACCGAAUUUGACCUCGAGGCAGAGGAGUACGUGCCGCUGCCCAAGGGAGAGGUGCACAAGAGGAAAGAAGUAGUGCAGGACGUCACCUUGCACGACUUGGACAUGGCCAAUGCCAAGCCCCAAGGUGGACAGGACAUCAUGAGCGUCGUUGGUCAGUUGGUCAAGGGUCGUCGUACAGAGAUCACCGACAAGCUGAGGGGAGAGAUCAACAAGGUCGUCAACAAGUACAUUGAGCAAGGCAUCGCCGAACUCGUGCCUGGAGUUCUCUUCAUCGACGAGGUGCACAUGCUCGACAUGGAGUGCUUCACCUACCUCAAUCGCGCACUCGAGUCCACCAUCUCACCACACGUCAUCCUGGCCACCAACAGAGGCCAAUCGACGAUCAGGGGAACAGAAUACGACGGACCGGCAUCGUCGAGCGGCAUCGUCUCUCCGCACGGUAUUCCGCUGGAUCUUCUGGACAGGUGCAUGAUCGUCAGGACAUUGCCGUACCAAAGGGAUGAGAUUAGAGAGGUGCUCAGGCUGAGGGCAAAGACGGAGGGACUGUUGGUGAAGGAGGAUGCACUGGAGAGAUUGACGGAGCAGGGCGUCAAGACUUCGCUGAGAUAUGCACUCCAACUCCUCACCCCCGCUUCCAUUCUGGCAAAGCUCAGCGGGAGGGACGAGAUUGCCGUAGAGGAUGUAGAGGAGGUGUCCACCGGUCUCUUCAUGGACGCUAGACAGUCUGCCCUGCUGCUCAAGUAGAGAAGAGGAGGCGGAGAGGAGCGCAAGGGAGAAGGGGCAGCGCGGUAGAUUGGGAGAGCAGGGCUAGAGUGGAGUCACGACAAAUGCCAAAAUUGCAAAUUGCACGUACAUUGAUCAGAGACAUGUUGACGAUUCGGACAUGCAGUGUGACUUGUUCAGGAUGGAGGCUACAGUACAUUGAAAUUUCCCCGUUCGAGC